AGUGAAAGCAGGAGCUCUGUAUCGUUGUAUAAGUCACUUUUUUUUUUUAAGGGUGAUAAAACAGAACCCAUCUUGCGCAUCAGGAAACGACGGUUGCCCAGCAACGGUUUCUCCCUUCCCCGCUUGCUUCUCUCUAUGCAAUUCUCCUCACUCUCUUCCAAGGGCUCUCGCCGCGCUCGGACGGCUAGCUGGUGCUCGGCUCGCGCUCGCGCGUUAUGCGGUGGGGGUGGGGGCAGUGGCGGGGGUGCGUGGUGGCGUCAGCCGACAAGUGCUUGUUUUGCUUGUUGUGCCUAUACGCCGGCAGUGGCAGCAAGUUGUUUUCGUCGUCGCUAAUUGCGUCUAGCCAAUGCCGUGGUCUCGAUCGUGUGGAUGCAGUGCGAGGCGACCCCGGUCAGCGGCAGGGACGCUCACGAGCGCGGCCUCGGUGAUCCACUCACCCAGUUUGCGGCAGCGGCAUUGAACAGCACGGAGCGGUAGCCCUGCGCGGCGAUCGAUACACCAAGAGAGGCAACCGUAGGAAUGAACGCGAUGGAUGGAACUUCUGUCCUUUUCCUGGCCGCGCUGAUGUGUUUGGCCGCGCUGUUGCAAUACGCGAGCCCUUUGCAACCGAACGAAAAAGUCGAGACAGGAGUGCAAAAGCUGAAGAGUCUGUACAUAGCUGCAGUGUUCCCCAUGAAAGGCCAUGGUGGCUGGCUCGGUGGUCAAGGAUGUCUUCCAGCGGCGCUUAUGGCACUGGAAGACGUCAACAAGCGAUCGGAUCUCUUGAUUGGCUACAAGCUCGAAAUUGACUGGAGGGACAGCCAGUGCAAUCCUGGCCUAGCUGCUACAGUCAUGUAUGACCUGCUCUACAAUGAGCCGCAGAAAUUGAUGCUGCUUGGAGGUUGCAGCAUUGUCUGCUCUACGGUAGCAGAAGCUGCUAAAAUGUGGAACUUGGUAGUUAUAUCGUAUGGGUCUAGCUCACCUGCACUCUCCAAUAGAAAACGUUUUCCAACAUUCUUCAGGACACAUCCAUCAGCUACUAUUCACAAUCCUACGCGCAUCAAGUUGUUUCAGAAGUUCUCAUGGUCAAGAAUUGCUAUUAUUCAAGAAGCUGAAGAAGUUUUUAUAUCUACAGGUGAAGACUUAGAAGCACGUUGUAAAGAAGCACACAUUGAAAUUGUUACCAGGCAAAGCUUUCUAACUGAUCCCACCGAUGCAGUCAAGAAUCUUGUGAGGCAAGAUGCACGGAUCAUUGUUGGCAUGUUUUAUGUUGCUGCAGCCAGACGAGUAUUUUGUGAGGCAUAUAAACAGAAUGUGUUUGGCAAGCAGUAUGUGUGGCUUCUAAUUGGAUGGUACGAGGAUGGUUGGUACACAGUCCAAGACAAAGGCCACAACUGCACUACAGAGCAGAUGAAAGAGGCCCUUGAGGGGCACUUCACCACUGAAGCUCUCAUGCUCAAUCAAGGAAACCAGGAGACCAUCUCAGGAAUGAGCUCGCAGCAGUUCCUGGAGCGGUAUGAGCGAGCGCUAGCGGAGCAGAAUGGAGGACUGCAGGGAUACAAGCCUGAAGGGCAUCAGGAGGCCCCGCUAGCAUAUGAUGCCAUCUGGGCCAUUGCAUUGGCACUCAACAAGACCAUCAACACCUUGCGUGAAUACUCCAUGAGCAUUGAAGACUUUACUUACACCAACCACAAGAUUGCAGAUGAAAUUUGGUCUGCCAUGAAUGCCACCCAGUUUCUUGGUGUCUCGGGAUUUGUUGCCUUCUCUGCAAAAGGUGAUCGCAUGGCAUGGACACUCAUUGAACAAAUGAUUGAUGGAAACUAUGUCAAGAUUGGUUAUUUUGACACCCAGACUGACAAUUUGACCAUACUAAACCAAGAAAAGUGGGCAGAUGGGAAGCCACCACAGGAUCGUACAAUCAUAGUUCGGGUACACCGCAAAGUGUCACUAAGCCUCUUUGCUGGGAUGUGUGCAGUGGCGUUCAUCGGUGUUGUCUGGGCUGUUGGCCUGCUCAUAUUCAAUUGGAUAUUCAGGCACUCCAGGUAUAUACAGCUUUCCCAUCCCAUGUGCAAUAACAUCAUGCUCAUCGGCAUCAUCCUGUGCCUGGUGUGUGUCUGCCUGCUUGGCCUGGACGGGCAAUUUGUCAGCGAGUUCAGAUAUGCACAUAUCUGCCAGGCUCGUUCGUGGUUCCUGGCCAUUGGGUUCACACUAUCGUUUGGUGCUAUGUUCUCAAAGAUAUGGAGGGUGCACCGCCUUACGACAAAGUCCAAGUCCGAAAGCAAGGGCCUGUCAUUCCAGCAUGUGGAGAGCUGGAAGCUGUAUGGGAUGGUGGGCGGCCUCGUGUUGGUGGAUGCAGUGAUCCUGUCUGCCUGGCAGCUGGUGGACCCCAUGCAGCGCCACCUCGAAGUCUUUCCUCUUGAACCACCUGCCCUCUCUGAUGAGGAUGUUCGUAUUGAGCCUGCCCUCGAGCACUGCGAGUCACGCAAUCAUGCCAUAUGGCUCGGCGUGAUGUACAGCUAUAAGGGCUUGUUGCUCAUAUUUGGCAUCUUCCUUGCAUAUGAGACGCGGAGUGUCAAGAUCAAGCAGCUGAACGACUCGCGCCUCGUUGGCAUGAGCAUAUACAACGUUGUGGUGCUGUGUCUGAUCACGGCGCCAGUCACGUUGGUGAUUGGCAGCCAGCAGGAUGCCACCUUUGCGUUUGUCGCCCUGGCCAUCAUCUUCUGCAGUUUUCUCUCCAUGGCACUCAUUUUUGUACCCAAGAUUAUAGAGCUGGUGCGGCGGCCCCGCGAGCGUGCGGACGUGCGGAGCCUUAUGGACACCAUCACGAGCAAGGAGGAGGAAGAGAGGCACCAGCGGCUGCUUGCAGAGAACGAGGACCUCAAGAAGCAGAUCGCUGAGAAGGAGGAGCAAAUUCAAGUGCUGAACCAAAAGCUGCAGGAGCGACAGCGGCUGGCCCACCAGACUGCUCUGCCUGCUAGCGGCGAGAGGGUGCGCAUUGCACUGCCUCCCACCUAUGCAGAUGGCCUGCUGGCCCCCAAGGAGCCUGUGGCCAUUGACCCCGUCUCCGAUUCUGGCUUUGUCACGGGCACCUCCCUGGUUGGCCGUGGCUCACGCCUCUCCCGUUCCGACUUUGAAUUCUCCGAGUCAUACCUUUAAUCUGUGACAUACCAUCAGGUUGCACAAUGCCUGGCAUGGCCAUUAGAGUUUGCCAUUCAGUAUGAGGCCCAGAAUGGCUAAUGUACAAACUUUCAUAAUGGAUUUCUUUGCAUGGGAGAUACUUUGAAGGGGAUGAGCAGCAGAUGUGGUUUAGACUUUGGUUAUGUAAUUAUCAACCCUCAAGUUCCCUCUGUCUGAUGCCACAGUUAAGGAAGAAGGGGUUGAUUUCAGGGCAGUCUUUCCCCCUUCCAUGAGGUUAGUGCUGGUGUGCUUUGGUGACUUAUUUCUGCUUGGCCCAUUCUCGUGGCAUCCUAUUAAGUAAGGAGACUUAAAGAAUGGAUCUUGCAGACUACAGUGCUUGAGGCACUUGCCUUGCAAUAUAAGAGGUGGCAAAAAUAGUGGAACAGGAGACAACAGCAGGGUGCUAAAGUAUUGAGUUCAUUUUAUCGAAAGAAAAAGAAUAACUUGCGUAAAGGAUAUGUAUAUGUGCCUAUCCUAUGGACUGACCUGACUGCACUGCACACAUUUCCUUUUGCUUCAUACUGAGUUGUGCCUUUUCUGCCAAGGUUUGAAAUACUCAUUGCCACCAGUGGUUUUGGUUGUCACUGGUGACAUGCAUUUUUUUUUUAAAUUUACGCUCACAAAAUGUAUUAUUCUAAUAUUUCAGUGCACAUUGAACACUGCAAUUCCUUUGUACUCUCCUUCACAUCAGCAAUCUUUAGAAUUAUGUUAGAAUCGGGUAAAUAUCGCAAUCAGACAUUGUGAGCUACUUUUAUUGCUUGAAAAUCUUAGGGCAGGCCAAAAAUAUGCGGGAGGUGAUGACUGUUCAACAGGAGCUGACGUCUGUUCAACGUCAUCUCUCGCCGAGACAGAUGCGGCCACUAAAGGAGUGGCUAUUGGGGUCACCAUGGGGGUCAGGCACGUGCGUGCUGACUGGUCAAGUUCGAAUUAUCUCGUGAAGGCCAAUUUUAGAAUCGAAAUAAGGAAAGCUUGGUCCCACAGAAAUGCAUGGGCGCCAGCCGGAACCUUCAGUCACGAUCAAUUUAACCAAAAAAUGUAAUUAACCAGAGUCAUAAUAACGGAACUCAACAAUAAGCUUUUCCAUACAGGCAGUAAUGGUUCUUCAAUACUUACUGUAAAAAACUAAUAAUACUGAGCAAAUUUUGUGUCUGGCUUGAUACCACCAAGAUUAAACUUUUUUUUUUCACCUCACCACAAAAGCAAGGAUGAGCAGUGGAACAGGAGGAAUGUUUAGCAGGUUUGCUUUUCAAGUAACUAAUACCCCUGACACACGGGCAAAACUAAAGUCCUUUCCAGUAAACCCCUUUCGCUACUCUGAAGGACCCUUUGCAGAAAGGAGUUGCGCCGGUGACACACGGCACCGCACUGAACUUCUUUAGGUAGUUCCUCAGAUGAACGCCGCAAGAAAAAUAGCGCUGGCUGUUAAAGCCGCAAGAGAGAAAACAUUCUUAAAAAGCUGCGUAUUUAAUUACACUUAGCUACUGUAAAACCUAAAAAUAUAUUUUUUUCAUUGUUGAUGGCUAAUAAUGCUUAUAGCCGUUUAUUUUAUUCGCGUUUUUGCGUUGUUAGCAGCCGUUUAACUUGGUCCAGCAACUAUGUGCAGCCGGUGUUUUGCUGUGCGUGCUGUUUAUUCUGGUGAUGCCCACGUUUCUGUCGUCCUUUUUCACGUCUUUGUCGUCCCUUCCUUUGUGCGCGCAGGCGUAACGCGUUUUAUUCAAUAUGUUAUUCCAACAACGGUGGUUUCUUCUGGGUAUUUCCUGCGGGCGCUGAUUGUGCAGUCUCCAUCUCGCGACGUGAACACACCACAUGCGCGCAGCAAACAACGACAACACUGCCGGAAUACAACAUGGCGGCACUAGCGACGUUAUGCGAGCGUUUGAGAGUAUAGCUAGAGGAAAUCUUCACUAUUCGACAAAUUGUAUUACCGCUAACAAUUAAAACAUUUUCGCAAGGUAAAAAAAAUACCUAUAGGCACCGUAGUUGUGUGGCAGGUUUCCUUCUAUUGGCGAGUUGUGCACGCUGUGUGCGAGAGUAACUCCUUUUCCGCUCGAAAAGUAGUUGCGCGAUCUCCUUUCCCAAAAAGGAACUUUGCCGUAAAGGAGAUACUCCUUUGUCGUGUGUCACUGCACCUGAACGCCUUUCCAGUAGAUGUCCCCUUACCUGAAGGACUUGAGAGUGCCCGUGUGUCAGGGGUAUAAGUCAAAUGUACAGAAGGCAGUCAGAACAAGAAGGUAGAAUGUACAGUUAAACAUCAUCACCCAGCAAAAACAGUUCCUGUGGAGCUCUGUAGCAUUCUUUUGUGUCAUGUUUCAUUCUUUUUUGUUCUUUUUUUUAGAUCAUUCUUACUCUAUUUACUAACUCUCUACUAGUCAGUGCAUAAUUGUAGUUUAGUCUCGCCUACUGCAAAGCAUGCAGCACAAUCCAAUUGUAUCAGAACAUGCUCACAUUUCAACAGCAAGAAGCAGAACUUACAAAAGCUACUCUAGAUCUUUCAAGCAAGGCUCAAAAGCUACAGACCUUGCCAAAGAAAGGCUCUUCUCAAUAGUCUUACACAACACAUAUGUGUUUGUGCUGGUGCUUGGUGGCUGCCAUUCAAGACAGCUGCUUCCACCCAUUCCUUCCAAGCUCCUUAUUGGUGCUCUCACCACAUGGUGGUGUUAGCACACCAUCCUACUGGAAUUUCAGAGGUUACCCAAAAGUUCGAGUCCCCUCUUUUCAAACAACUCGGAAACUGGCCAUUUACUUGCUUGAGGCAGAAAACAAGAUAGAAAUAUGAUAACCUGAGCACUGGCCACCAAGUGAAUCCCAUAACAACAAGCACUCACUUGUACUCAUUCUUUAUUCUUUCCACACCACCUGCACCAUCUCAUCUGCACAUGGUGUUGAAAUACUGAACAUUAUGAUAUAAUGAAUAGAGAAGACAUUUGUCUGUUAGUCUGUAAUUAAGUGCUUUUCGCAUCAUUACGUUCCACGCUUGAACAUUUUAUACAAUUGGCACCGCAAAUUGGCAUUGCAUACUGGCGUUGGAUAGUCAGUCCUCUGUCCAUUUAUCUCCACUGCGCCUGCUAUGCAUGAGUAUUCUUUCUGUCUUGUGCUGAAACGCACUUCCUCCAUCAGGUAAUGAACAGUGACCACUCAUCAACGCUAGAUGUUGAUAACAUGCUAGGAAAGGUACAUGUAUCUCAACAUCUGCAGCCGUAUAGCUUGCACAAGUACUAUCUGCCUCCCAGUGCCAUGGGGACUGGUAACAGAAUAACAAAUUAGGUUUCUGCUGUUUACAUUUAUCACAUGUCUCCCCUUUUCAUACACCAUUCAUAACAGGAACUGCCGUGUCAUAUAAUUUGAGUUCAUAGGUUCAAUUGUUAGAAUGUGGCUGUUCCUCAGUGAUGGCUCACUUGUCAACCUGACUUUUUUUUUUCUUCUUUCUUUUGCAGGGAAUUUUUUAAAAAGAAAAAAAAAGUUUUUUGUAAGGUUUGAGCAAAGCCAACUAGGCAUUAUUCAUGGUGGGCCCACCUGUCCACCAGGCACCUCAUUGUACCAUAGAGGCAUUUGAAUUCAAAAUCACAUUUAUUAACAAAUGUGUUGAAUGCCUGCUGUUGCAAGAUGAAGUCUAUCUUGUGACUUACUAUUUGUUCGCUUUGGUUAUGUAAACUUGAAGACCGGUGUCCUAGCUAGCUGCAUUGUCUUCCCUUGGUGCAGGGACAGUGCCCACAGCUGGGUUGCUUCAGAUUGCACCUGUAUCUCUUAGUGCUGUGUUCUCUUCCAAAAGAGCCGUAUAAGUUGUAACAGGCACCCUUAUGUGUUCAAAGUAAAAGCAGUGUGAACCCACACUACUGCAGCAUAGGCUUCUGACAUGUACAUGAUACAUGGUUAUGUGUACAGGCGCAGCCACUGCUAGUGGGAACACACGAGCCCUUGGCAGCACUCUGCAGAGUGCCACGCCACCACCGGCGCCUCGUGAAAUCUUGCAGCACAGACGCAAUUAAAGCGAUAGACGGAGCACCCGGCAUAUUGUCUGCUAUGGUUCCUCUACUUCUCUACCUUUGCUGUGCGUGCAUUGGUAUCUAUAUAUAUGUUGUGCACACUAGCAGCUCUGAGUAUUCAUGAAAGUGCUUCCAGAGCCAAAUGUACGCAUGCUGAUGCAGGUGCUACAGAGUUUGGAAUGUGAAUAACAAUUCCAUGCAGUUUUCAUUUGCAAAGGGUCACUUUAAAACUCUGUGCUUUGAAUUUAUUCAAAAAUAAAUAGAAAUGAUCACUUUCCAAGAACUCUGGCUGGCACCAUGGCAAAUCCACUUGGGCGACCAUCAGAGCAGCCAUCCAGCUAUACGAACAGCUGCAGGGUAAACAGCUGGGCGGUAUUCUUGGAUGAUCACUUUUGUGGAUAUUUUACUUUAGCACGAUUUUGAGCGACUUGGCGCCAGAAGUGUCCGCGUAUAGGCCGACACCGUUUCUAGUGCUUCACACAGUCGCACAGUACCAAGAGCGCUGUCGGCUGUAUACUUCGACGUGUGCAGUGCUGAGUCUCGCAGAAUCUCCAAAAUCCGUGAGAGUAAUUGCCUGAGAAUACCGCUCCUGUAGACCAAUGCAUCCAGCUUGUGUUGCUUGAGCCCAUGAUGCAAUUAGCACUAAGUUGCAUUUUUCUCAAUGACAAUCGUGCAGUAAUACAGUGUGGCAGGAAACAGUGAAGUAUUCCAGAAGUGACACACCCAGUUUGUGUAUUCCAGGUGAACAACAGCAACUAGCGCUUCAUACUUGGUCGCAUCACCCUUGGCAAUAGCCGCAGCAGCCAUUCUUGAGGCAGAGAGCUGUAGAGAGCAUCCACUGCUGACGCGCCUUGCUUAAGAUGCUCCUAUUCAGCUUGGGCAUCCUGCCAAAAGUUGUCUGCUGACAGUCCGUGUGAGCAUUGGCGCAAAAGAACAGCUUUGACCAUGGUACAAAUAUUUUUGAUAAUAUUAAAGUCUUGCUAUUGGGGCGACCAGUUUCUUGGAAGUGUGCACUGGUGACCAAUCAUGUUGAAAAACGAAGGCAGUCUUGGCCAACUGCAGAUGCUUGAGGUGGGGAAUGGCCACAUCCUUCAAUAUUUCGCAGUACUUGUCAGGUCUAAACUUUCUCUCAGUCCAUGCAAGGGGUCCCAGGCACAUUCCCCAGAGACUUAGACCAUUCCUCCACUGGAUGCUACCCUUUGUAGGAACUCUGGAUUGUAUCUAGGAGAAACGUGACCAAACAGAAAAAGAAUGUGAGGAUUUCAAGGUUGUGAAUUGGAAAUCUGGUAUAAGGUGCAGGUAUAAGCUACGUUACUGUGUCACAUUACAACUAACUCUGCUCACACCCAGGUUUGGUUGUUCAGACUGGACGAUCCACUUCCCGGCUUUGUGUUUUAUAUGGUGAGAAUGGUGACGUAGAACACUUCAUCUGGUUAUGUCCGCAGUUUGACAUGGAAAGAAACCAGUUGCUUCACAGCCUACAAUGGAGAGGUCGUACACAUGCAGGCUAUGAAGAUGUAGUGUUCCGUGAAAAAGGCCCGCAGGAAUCAGUAAGAGCCUGCGACUGUAAAGUACCUGUCAUCACGACACGGAGUUUGUCAACACCUGUUAAUACGUCUUCACUAACAACAUGCGAGAUGCCCAGAUGGAACAAUUAUCGGCCAAGCAUGCCAUGCUGAACCCCAUCUGCUACAACACCACCACCAAGCUGAGGUGUUUCUGAAUAUGUGAAUUUCUGCCCGCUUGAUUAAAUUGCACUGCAUAUGAAGGCUAACAAUUUCAUUCUAUUCCAGAUUACACAUUUUGAAUAAGGAAGCGUGCCGAUGCAAAGAGACAAAGAGAUAUAGGCAUGCGGUUCAAUUGGAAGCCUCUUAGAACAUACGGCACAUGCAAGUAACAACCUAGCUCGAGAUACGCUUAAAAUGUUUCACUGGAAACUUGUUCUAAACAGCCUUGUUGUUCCCAUAUAGCUUACCAAGUUUUGUGAGGUCGCCAAAUCCGGGCUUUUUCGUCCCACAUUUGUCGUAAACUGCACUCAUCCAUAAACUCGAAAAGUUUCUGUUCUUUAGUUGUUCAUGCUGAAUGCUGUUAGGUGAACUGCAACAGCUUUACUUUGUUUGAGGUGCAAGAAAGGGGCUUCCGGGCUGUGAUUCCGCUCUUGAGACUCACCUCAAACAGGCGAUGCUUGACUGUUGUUUAGGCGGCCAGACCAAGGGUUUCUUUCACUUCCUGUGCAGAAGCACCUGGCUUCGCUGCCGCAGUCGCUGCAUAGUCGCCACGAUGCAAAGAUCUUCUUUGUCGGUUGCCACCCGAGGCCGUGGAGCACGGGAGCAUCCUUGAUUCGCCGCUCAGAUUUGAAUGCUUUAACAAUCCUAUUAGUGGUUUUCAGGGGUCUUCCUGUGGCUUCUGAAAUUGCUCGCUGUAAGCAUCCUCUGAAAGACACCUCCACAAUUCCCCAGCGUUCAUCCUCUGGCAUUGCGUAGCAACAUGCUACAAAGAAAUGAACUGGCAUAAAAACAUGGCAGUUCUUUAUAAAGAGUCAUGGAGAACAGGACCAUAUCAAAAGUUGGCAUCAUUCUAAUUGCGCUAGUCUGUCUUUCAGUAUUUUCCAUAAACCUACUGACGUUGUGAAGGGGUAGUGUGUUCUAGCUCUUCUUUAUUCUCGACACUGAAGAUGUAGCUGCGCUUCUUAUCGCCCUUGCAUCAAGAAGAAUGCAGCCACGUUCACAAUCUAGCUUUUAGGCUGGAUUUACAUGAUGGGACGGAUUGCCGAUUUAUUCCAAGGAUGACCAUGACAUAGUUCAGCUGCAACAACUGACGCAGGUAGCACCUCGUCUCUGGUGUUUUUGAGUGUGGCAUUAUUCGGCAGCACUGAGCUACGUCAUGCUCAUCUGUUCGCUGCACCGACAAUCCAUCCUGUAUGAAUCCCACUUUAGUCACAAAACUUCAUUGCCGUUGACAACAUGGCAAUGCAAACAUUGAAGCAGUGCGAGCGGGAGUGGUGGAGGGAGGAGCUGUAGCAGAGAAUGCACCAGGCCCUCUGCCCAUUGCCUUGAUUGUACCUGCACAGCAACAGUUCAUGAGGUGCCAAUGGUGGCGCUCUGCAUAGCACUGCCACGGGCUCCCUUGUUCCCUCUGGCUGUAGCCGCACCUGUACAUGGUCAUGUACCAUCUUCAAAAGUGCAAACAUUAAAUAAUGAGCACCAAAGCAGCUGACACCAUAGUAUUUAGUGAGUUGCCCACCCAUUUAAGGUGUUUUUAAGAAGGCCUGUGACACGAAAUUGGUUCUUACAUUCAAAGUGUGUUACAAAACAAAAAUUUGAAUCCAUGGGAAAAUCCUGGAUGGUUUAUAAAAGCAGCACCAUUGUGGAACAUAUGGAGGGUUCUUUUUUUAUCCUUUUACCAGUAAUACGUUAUGCCAGGAUAGUUUCUGAAAUAGCUAGUUGUGUUCUCAAUACACUGCGUGUAAAACAACUGCCUUAGUUUCCACACAAAUAAUUUCUCUAGCUUGAGGCACAAUUUAAACAGUUAUGGACACAAUAAAAAUGAUUUUAAAAUAUUGUUUAAUUCUUGUCUGCUCUGCUGUUGUGUUUUUUGUGAUACUAAGGCUGCAAAUAUGCCUUAAAGGUUAUUUUUAAACAUAUAGGACUAACUGUAGCCUAAAGCUGAUACCUACUAUCUGAAGUGAUAAAUAGUGUGACACACAAAUCACAUGUAAAGACAAAGGACAAGUGUUUGCUAUGUGUAAGGUGUGUUGCACUAUUCAUAAUUUCAGAUAUGUCACAACUAGGCUCAUGGCAAAUCUUUUUAAAUAUUUUAUUUGCCUUACUUAGCAGCACGUGCAUAGCAGGAACAAGUGAGCUGAAAAACAUGUCUUGCACAAGGAAGGUGCAUCACUGUGCAAUCCAUUUAUAACAGUCUAAUCACAAAAUUAAAAAAUGCAGUCACUACCAGUCGCAACACAUCCUGACUGACGUCAACAAUAAACAACAUCCAGUCAUAGAAACACUUCUGAUAUUGUAGCUUUUCUCUGUAUUUUGUCUAAUCUAGGAAGUAGCUCCUGGUGAUCUUUGUGUUUGUGAUAUGCCUUGCCACACUUGUCAUACUUGAGAUCUUCCUUAGCUCCGAGUGCCAACCAGGAUUUUAACUUUUUGUAAGAGAAAAAUAGGGCACAAGACCCAAAUGGUGGUGUUCUUAAAUGACAAUGUGAAAAUUUAAAUGUGCUAUUGCUGCUUUAUUUCAUGCAAAGCAGUUAUUGUCAGAGUACUAAAACUUCCAUUGAGAAAUAACUAUGCACUGUCGAUAUAGCAGCACUUUUGUCCACAUUAGUUGGCAUGCACAGUGUUUCAAAAGAAAACUGCAUCUUUUAAAAUAGCUCAGUCCUAAAAAGUUGCAUUGCAAAAAAUUGUGAUUGAGAAACAAAACAGUAACACUCUUGGCAUUUAAACAUCCGUUGAAUGGAAUUGUGUGUUAGGCAUUGGCAAGCUAAAAAAAAAAAGUUAUUUUUGUGCCUGGUUUCUACUGCAGCAGGAGAGUGACAGCAGUACUUUGAACUUAUGGCAUUGUACUAAAUUGCGGGACAUACUUAGGGCACCCUCCAGAACAGCUCCAAUCCAUGCCCACAUCUUUUGCUAAGCGAAAUUUUAUUAUUUGGCCAAUUUUGCCAGAAAGUAGCCCAGUAAUCUUAUUAUCACGUGCAGUUUAUUUGUAGAAGAUGAAUACAGAAUGUUAUAGUAAGGCUAAGGUAACUUAUCGUUAUAAGUGACUUGUGGUAUCGUUAUAAGUGGAUUGCACUGUUUACUUGUAUGGCAUAUAGUUACAGGCUGUGCAAACUUGUUACAGCAAGCAUGUGUUUACUUUGACACAUGAAGUAAAGAGGAAGCAAUUCAAUUAAUCAGAUCUUUAAUGUUCAUACUGCUUUUAGAAUGUUGGCAUGUCCUAAGCAGAACAAUAUGUCCCCUAGCAUUUGUGUUGUUUUGUUUUUGUUUCCUUCUUUUUUUAACAUUUGUUCUGUUCUUUAAUGUGUUUCCUAGCAUUGAAACUAUUCGUGGCAGAGCACAUUGCCUUAUUUACUUAACCAUUAUUUUUUAAUUUUGGUUGUGGUAUUAUAGCAUAUGUUAUUUAUUGUGAUUGUGUGGGGGCACAAUUUUCAUAUUUAUGUUUACUGUUUGCUGAUGGUUUACAUGCUGCUUUCUGAUUUCUCAAGUUUAUACACAAGUGCAGCAUUGACUUUAUUUUUUUCCCCAAGAGCUGUUUAAGAUCAAAAACUUCAAUAAAAGAGUGCUAUUGCAUCCACUACAUACAAAACACUAGGUGUUUCUGAGAACUGUGAUUUAGUUUACUCUUGCAAUGUGUGGAAUAAGUACAUAGAAGAACCAAAGUGCAUCAGCAUAAAAUUUCAGUUAUCCUGGUAAGUCACUUUCCAAUAGUAUGCACUUCUAAGUGUUUUUGUGCUCAAAAACAGUCACAAUCCUGCAUUCUUGAAAGUUUAGGAAUCAUAGUUUUGUAAUCUCAUUGAACUGGCAUUUACAUGUCUGUUGCAUCAAAUCAUUACGCACCUCGAGGCUGGCUGCACAGUUUGAACAAAUGUUAUUUGGAUUCUGCGUUCCGUCAUUUUCCAUCAAGUUCAUUGGGCAGCAUGCCAGCUAACAUUUGUUCAGCAGGCUGUGCAUAAUACGAGCGUUUCAACUGCAGCCUUAGCAAAGGGAUUAAUCAUUCACAUACUCGUACAUAUUUGAAGAAAAUGGACCUUUUGAAGAAAUCUUUACUGUCUGCAACCUGCCAUGCUUCUCUUGUUUGUUUGUUGAAUUGUUUUCUUUAAUUUGUGUGCAUUUGUUUGAUGUUUUAUCGAAAAUGGUAUUAUGGAAGUGCACUACCAACACCUUAAUAUGUGGGCUAGUCAAGCAGAAACUUCAAGAGUUUCAUUGAGUCUUAAUAUUCUGGAUGGGCUAGAAUGCAAUCAUUGUGUAAGUUCGUUCAUAUUUAUUAAUUAAGCUUCAUUAUUUUCAGCAGCACAGAAAAUAGUAUUGCAGAGGGCCUAAGUUCAAGUUCAUUGUAGGCUGUUUUAUCAACACAUAAUUGUAGGAUGGCAUAGUAGUCUUAACAGUUACUGCAGCAAUAUGUAAAAUCAACAAUGCUAGAAACGAUAAUACACUUCGUUAUCCAUGGUAGGUACUAUUUUUUUUUGUAUGUGUGUGCAGUUUGUGUGCACAUUCUAGUUCCUAUAUUUUCAUGAUUUCAUGUUCUUACGCGCACACACAAAUGUACAGCACAUGCAUUACACUACUGUACUCAUCAGUGAAUUAAAUGUCUGCAUUAAAUGUGAAUAUUGAUCUAGCAUGGCUGAAUGAAAUGUCGUGAUCACAUAUAGAUUGUAUUGCCUUGGGAAACCGAGAUGUUCAGUACUUGUGCAUUUGUACAUGCACAAUUUGCAUAUAACGCAUGUGAACAUGAACAACACAUGGUAACACUGCUGAGAAAUAAUUGAGCUGCGAAACACUCUAAAGAACUUUCAAAAACACCUUUGCUAUGAAGGGCCACUGCCUCUGGAAUCUCCUCCCACUAUAAUAUUUCCAAAGUAUUUUACAUUACAGUGUUGAGAAGAGCCAAAGUUUCCUUCCUAACAUGCGGUAGAAAUCCUUUGACUUCUAUUUAGUCUCGCACGCCUAAUUAGGAUUUACUUGAAAACGGGGGUACCAGCAAAACACAAAAGACGCGCACUCAAGGAAAAGGCGUUAGACAUGGACAAACGCUGGACUUUCAACAGUACUUUAUUGGAAUUCACAUUGACGCACAUAACCGCCGACACACGCGCAUCUGCAACUCCUUCCAAGACGUGUGCAUAGUUAACACCUCGAAAGUACAUUACUGCACGAAAACAGCCGACGCAUGCGCAACUUGUACUCCUACCUAUCGGGUAGGUAAAAGAUGAUUAAUAAAAAACUGACAUUGAUGUACGGGUCUUAGGAGGAGUAGAAGUUGCACAUGCGUCGGCUGUUUUUGUGCAGUAAUGUAGUUUCGAGGUUUUAACUAUGCACAUGUCUUGGGAGGAGUUGAAGAUGUGCAUGCGUUGGAGGUUAUGUGCAGCAAUGUGAAUUCCAAUAAAGUGCAAUUAAAAGUCGAGUGUUCUUCUAUGUCUAACGCCUUUUCCUUGUGUGCGCGUCCUUUGUGUUUCGCUGGUACCCCCUUUUUCAAGUUCAUCGUGCACCAAUUGGCCCAAGAGCUUGCGCUAAUGUAAUCAGGAUUUGUCACUCAGCUGGCUUCCAAAUUUUUUCAGUCAUUUCCUCUCACCGCCAUUUCUUUUCUUUUUUUCGCUCAUUGUGGCUUCAGCUGUACCUGGUAACCAAUUGGUCAUGGCUGUAAAAAAAAAAAAAAUCCAAUGCAUCUGGCCAAUAGGCCAUCACGUUGCAUACUGUAUAUCCCGCCACUAGAAGGGUGGCAUGGACAAUGUAAUUAUUUUUAUAAUCUGUUUCAUAUGUAUUUAUUUACUUAUGGGACCUCUAAAAGUCAGUCCCUGGGUUAUGUUCAUAGUUGCUUGAUAUAUAUGUAUAAAUACACAAAUUUAUUUUAUGCAUUUAAAUUCCAUUUACCUUUCAAUGGGCAAGACACACGACUUGAGCCUGGUAGCAUGUUAUGUUUGAGGCCUAUAGAUGUUAACAUAAAUGCCUAGCACUACUGUUUCAAAUUUAGACCACACUGUGAAGAAUGCCUAGGUGGUGUUAGUAGGGCUGAUGUUGUACAAGAUAGUGUGAUAGAAAAAAUGUCAUGUCGAUAGAGCUUGACUGCACUUCGUGUUUUCACAUUUUUAUGUAAGCAAUCAUUUUGUUGUGCAGGGUGCUCUUUGAAAAGAGGUUUUGCUGCGAUUUGCACUCUUUUUUUGUACUGAUGAGGUGUCCAGCUGUGGUAAAAAAAGUGUUUAACCUCUCUGCUUGCACAAAUAAUUACCAUGCAAAUUGGGCAUGUGUUACAAGGCGAUUUAGUUGGCACACACUAUAAGCUGCUUCAAAGCAUCUGCUGCCUGUGUCAUGUGCACUUACAGCUGUGGCCACUGUAAAAAAGAAACAUGAAAAAAUACACUUGAAACACAGAAAUGCUCGCAUUAUCCAACUGCUGAACUGCAGUCAAUAAAAUUUUUUACAUUGAAAAAAAAAAAAAAGAAAAAUGCUGAAACUGUAGUGAUUGAUGGCAGCAUGUUUUUCUUAUUUAGGCUCUCUUCAUUUUUUACUGGCUGAAUUGACUAAGGUUGCCAAAUUUUAAAAAAGCUGACACAUCAUAUGAUAGCAACUCUGAGACCAAAAUAGGGAUUGAAAUUAUGUAAACUCGGGGCAUAUCAUGCAUGAGUCUAGAGCAAGGCCCUAUUUAGAGAAUAGAAAUUUAACAAAACUGUCAUAAAUCGGUAACAGUUUUUGCAUAUCAGAUUUUAUUUAAAUGGCAUGAUACUGUAUGCUUGAAAUGAUUUGUCGGGUGUAGUUCACAGAAUUGUGAUUUCUUAUUCGUGGAGUGUAAUGUUACAUGAACUUAAAUAUAUUUGAGAACUUAAUUAAAAAAUUUACUCGUAAGUCACUAGAAUUUUAAAUUUAAAAUGUCAUAGAUUUCAUUGAAACGAGUUCAAUGGUUGUCUAAUGAUAACAUUUCAGAUCUAAUUAGAAUGGAGAGGCCUUUGCAUAUUCAGCUUUUUUUCAUGGUGUACAGAGGUGUAAUAUUUUGCAGACAAAAUCCUUAUGAUUUAAGCACCAGGCUUGCUUUGUUUGCAAUGCCCGAACCUGGCAAGGGCCCCUUUGAGUGCAGGCAAUGAGUGAGUAAAUAUUAAAAAUCAUUUCUAUGCUGAGUGGCUUUGGAAAUUUUCAGAGUAUUAGGAUUCACAUAAGGCCAUCUGUGCAAGAACAUUUGUGCUUGAAAAAAAAGUCAACUUCUUUUCUAGCCAUUUGAACAUUCGUUAACUCUCCAUAUUUGUUGUCUUAUUGAACAAAAAAAAACUGUCGUCCUUCAGUUUCUUUAUUUUUUUAUCUAAGCUUUUCUUGAUUGUUGUGAAUACUGCCAAACAUUAGAACACAACUCUUGCUUUUUUCACGUUCACACUGCAGCGGCAAGCACAUGUGCAUCUCGGAAUUUUAGUCGCACUAAAUACAAGUUUUGGCCGUUUUCUCACUAAUUUAAGCUGGUUUAGUGAUAGGAUGACUGUGGUCAAGAUGUUGGCUUUGUUGAAAUCACAUUAAAGGGUCUCCUGUAUAGCAUUAUGAAUAAUAUUCUGUGUGCUGCCUCUUGUUUCAGUUCAGUGCAUUGGCAUUACAAUACAUCCAAUCUUUGCUGUGUUCUUCCACGCUUUAUUAUGUAUAAUUGUUUUUUUCAUGCACAAUACACCGGAACUUUGUCAAAAGAUGCAUGUUUUGAUACUUUAUGGCAACUGUAUGCUGCACCUUCUGUACCAACCAUUUCAGUGCAAAAUUUUGAUUGUACAUCUUAUUAUUUAAGCACUAGAUGCCAUAACUCAAUUUGUAAGUGUUUAUUUUUUUUUCUCAAGGAAAUACAUGGUGAAUACAACAUUCACUCAUUGAACAACUUCUGUGGCAAUAUUUCUGCCAAGUGGACGAAAGUGGCUAGUCCUGUAACAAUGUUUACAACCUAGUCAUGAAAAAAAAAAUUUUUUUGAGACUUUCAGCCACAGUGAGCUAAGAGUACAAUAACCCCCUUUGCCAUGCACUAUGACCUCACGGAUUUCUUUAAAGCUGCACACGAAGUAUGUGCUGUCACACUGUGGCGAACAAAUGUGCAAUUUUAUUCUGAUUGUAUGUAUGCCACCUGUUUCCAGAGAGUUGCUGCAUAAGGUUUCCAAAAAAGAAAACGAUAGCUUUUGUACUUGUUAGGCAUACAAUCCCAACUGUGAUGGAUCAUGUACUCUAUCUACUAGGACACUCUCGUGCAAUAUGAACCUCUAUGCCGUGUAGUGGAAGAGCUUCUUGUAGAGUAUGUGGCUGCUGGAUGGUGGAGAGAAGUAAUGCAAGCUGUUAUUUAAUUUAUUUUUUUUCGCUUGAAGGCACAGGUGCAGAGCAUGACAAAGGGCGGGAAAAGUAAGUCGGGUUAUGUUACAGUACACAUGCACCUGUAUCUAAAAAUCGUCCACGAUUGGCACAUCUAGUGGUUCUCAUUCACUAGUAGUAGUAGUAGUAGUAGCAGUGCUGUGGCACUCGUGUACUCAGUAAAAGUUUAUUUGCCGCACUUAUUUUGUCACAUGUUCGGUUUAGAUAAGCAUGCGGAACAGUAUACCCUGCUUAAGCAUUAGGCGUAGGCUGUGAGAACACUCAUGGUAGUGUACGCUGUUUCUCGUUAUCAGUGCAGGUCCCUAGUGUGGAACUUGUCCACCUAUCAUGUAGAUAACUGUGAAUAGUGCACAUGUACAGGUUGUUUAAAGAGACUCUCCUUGCUGGAGAUAUGUAUCCUCUCCUACCUACACCUACUCAGAACAUCUGCCUAUGGCACUGUCUCUUAUGUGUUUUUCUGUGCUCUACGAAUUGAGGCAACAGCUUUAGAUCUGUCAGGACAUGUUGAUUUUGAUGUGAAGUUAGACCUAAUUUGCAUCUGUCUAGGUUCAGUGAUGUGUGAACACAAACUAUGCUUGUUCAACAAGUUGUGGGAAUGUAUUGUGUUAGUGUAGUGCACACAUCAACGAAAACACAUGCAGAUCUUCCGUUAGCCUCUGUGGAUGUGCCCUGGGCAAGAAAGCCACUUCAGCUUGCUUGGGCUUUUAAACUCGAGCUCAACAACUCUGUGUCAUUGAAGAGCUAAUGUUUGGUUCUUGCAGUUUCUCUUUAGUGUUCUGCAUAAUCUGUUUGAAGUGUAAAGAUGUCACUGUUUUAAAAUAAAAGCUGUUACACAUAGAACUGUUCACAGCUCAGCUUAUUUUAUUAUUAUUAGUGAUGGUAGUGUCCGUUAUAGGGAGGCUUGAAAGUUAGCACAUUAAGUAGAUGUAGCAUGCUGUUCAGAAUGCAUGUUUCAGGUUGCUUUCUUGAGUGUACAACUGUUGUGGCGAUGAUAGAAGAGCAUUAUACAAGAUAAGGUCAUGCACAUUUAUGAACAAACCAUGCUAGGUUGCAAGAUUUGUCAAUUAUGCUGCAGGUUAUCACUAGAUAGCUGCAAGGCUGCUGCUAAAAUGUGCUAAACAGCACCUUUGACUUUAAGCACUUGUCAGUCUGGAAUAAAAUUGGAUCAUGUACCCAAGAACAAUGUGCAAAUAUGCAAUACUGCCAGGUGGCAGUGCAGGAUCGCCAUGGCUCACAUCAUGGAUGGUGCGCAUGCUAGUGGUGUGAUGCCAGCAUGCAUCACCAUUGUUCCAUGUUAUGUUCAUCAGACAUAUUAAGAUGCUCUAUGGUUGAUACUCUGGACAACAGAUUGUUGCAUGCAUCUUGUGGAAGGAUGCUACAGCACCAAAUGUCUUGGCUGUUGCUGCUUUGUUUAAUUUCUGUUCCUACAAGCCUAUGUUUUGUAAAGCAUGUUUCUUGUACCAGUUUUCAACAAUGGUUGUGCGUGUUUUUGUGUCGCACAAACCACUCGGGCUUCUUUUGUACACUGCUCGAGUUACUAGAUUCUGUCUGAAAAAAUAUUACAUCCCUGUCCAGUCUAGCUAUACGAGUGUGUCUCAAGUGUACAUCACUUGUGUUUGUUCCGUAAAGUUUUGUAAGAUUUGUGUACUGCCAAAUAUUAGAUGCCAAUAAAUUGCAUUACCAUUACCAUGGUA